UGCAUCGAUAAAAAACCAACAAAAAGUAAACGAAAGAACCGGGGAAGCCGAAGCGGAGACUAGAGAGGCAGACCAUACCGUCCAUCAAACACUCCACCCACGUAUAUAAAGUGCCAAAAUGAUCGCGCCUCUGGAAUCACCGCGUUCAUCGCUCCCUCCAUCUCCCCUCCACUUCCGAAUCCAAAAAGAAAGAAAAGGAGAAGAUACAAAUUUAGAAGAAAGGCACAAGGAGAGAUAGAGCGAAAUACAGAGAAGAAAAAGAGAGGGAGACGAGGGUUCGGCGAUACCCUUUCCUUUUUCUUGCCACACCACCCCUCCCACCUCUAGUCGAGGGCGGUGGGCGCAACGGAGCCCAUUUCUUCUCCCAUUUCCCCUCGCCUCCUCUGACCUCCACCUUCAAUAAAGAUCCAUCCAGGAAUCGUGGAUUGGACUGGUUUGAGUUGGAUUUUCUUGAUCGAGAGGAUAUCAAAAGAUUCUGAAUUCUUGUCUGUCUUUUUAACAAUUUUCCCCUUUCUUGCGGGCUGAAUCCAAUGUCGGCUGCUGGAAUUGUUUGCAAGAGAGGCAGGGCUGCGUUGGGAUUCCAUUCGAGGUCCGGGUGGGCAGCAUUGACGGGCGGGAGUCCCCACAGCCUCUUGCCGUCUGAUCGUUUUUCAUUCCCCAGCCUUUCUUCCUCCGGGGAUUCACAGCGUUGCAUCUCUCAACUCGUCAAGGGAAAGAGGGCCUUCCUUCUUGAUACUUUGGCGCUGUUUAGAAGAUUGGAGGCGCAGGGAGUCCUAUCAAAGCAUGCGGAGGCAAUCACAUCUACUAUUACUCAAGUUUUGAAUGAUAGCUUGGAUAAUGUGGCCCAGACCUUCGUAUCCAAGGGAGAGAUGCAGAAGAGUGAGAUGACUCAGGAUUCCAAUCUCUCGAAAUUCAAGUCCCAGGUGCAGAGUUCCCAAGAGCACCAUUUUUCUUUGUUGCAACGCGAGACAGAAAAACUUAAGGGCGAUAUCGAGAAAAUGCGGAGUGAGCUUAGGUAUGAGAUCGAGAAAGUUACUGCAGGGCAACGCUUGGAUCUAAACCUUGAAAGAGGGCGCAUGCGUGAUGAAUUGGCCAAGCAAAAUGCUGAAACUACUCAUCUCACGAGCAAGCUUAUUCGGGAAAUCCAUGCAUUGAGGGCCCGGUUGGAGGCAGCAAAAUAUGAUGUUAUAAAAUACUGCAUAGGUACCCUUGUGUCAAUAUCUGCAGUUGGUCUGGCCAUUGUCCGCAUUCUGAUGUAAAACCUUUUUGUUUUUUUUAACCAUAGCCAAUGAAACAACACGAAAUGUUUUUUUGUUUCUGACAAUAUGGUUGCCAAAAGGCUGUAACAUUUUCUAGAAACUUCUCAAUGUUCUUACAAGAUGUGCCUUGAAGAAGCAGUUCAUUGAAUUUAGUUUGCAAUAUUCGUUCAAUGUGGUUACCACUUAUCAUAAUUACUUUGGAUUUAA